CCCCGCCUUCCCCUUGUGCCCCUAGGAGGAAGAUGAGUAACCCGCAGCCAGGACUGCUAAAUCAUGGCAACAUUCAUGGAACGAUUAGCUUUUCUUCAGAAAGUGCCCACUCUGAUGAAAGCUACAGCAGAUGAUGAAACGCCCUGUCCUGGCUACCUUUUCCAAGAGAUUGGGAAAAUCUCCCAUGAGUCUUCAGGUUGCGGUCAGUGUUUGUUGGAGUACCUUUUGGAGAGGUUGCAAGUUGAGUCCUGUCACGUCAAACUCAAGGUGCUAAAGAUCUUUGUCCAUCUCUGCGGCCAUGGUUCGAACCAUUUCCUCACAGAACUUAGAAGGAACUCCACCUUCAUUCAGCAGGCAUCAGUUUACAGUGGCCCACCUGAUCCCAUUCAUGGUACAGCAUUGUAUCAGAAAGUGAGGAACACAGCACAGGAAGUGGCCAGGUUGCUUUUCACAGACACAAUUACCACCAAAAGCGGCAUCUCUCCGCUCAACCUAACCCCCCCAACAAUGGGUAUGGGCUCAGCAACUUCCCACAGGUCAGGAAUGCAGGGCUUUGGAUACAGUCCAGGGAAGCAGGGGACAGCAGGGAGUGACUCACUAUUGGAUAAGAUCCAGAAAGCUGCAGAGGUAGUAGCCAGUGCUGUCCUUCCACCAACUGAACACCAGGGCAUCCGUCUCCAUGACAACCACUACAGGGCCGUAGUGGCACCGUCUGCACCCAUAGAGGUGGCCGUGCCAGCGUGUGCCUAUAACCUGCCUGCUCAGAGACCAAAAGCAGUGACCCAGUGGUGCCGGGGGCAGGUAGGAGGCGGCUGGGAAGAGACAGACAGCGGGAACAGCUCCUCCCACAACUCUUCUCAGGACAUCGCAGCCAGCAGCAGAGUCUCUGCAGGCAGCAAGUCUGCUGGGACCGGAAGCCAGUCAGGGGCCAGUAGAGAGAGCAGUGGGGACCUAUCAGAACGGGUUGAAGCUUUGCAGUUGGGCGACUGUGGCCAGGAGAUGGCGCUCAUCAGCAGGCUGAUUGAAGGCUCCAGAGUUUUCCUGUCCAGAGAGGAGAGCCAGCACUUCAUCAAAGAGUGCUCCACUCUUAACUGUGAGGUUGUGAUGGAGUUGCUCUCAAGCAAGCUUCAAGAUCCCUCAAACACUGUUAAGAUGCGAGCGCUGUGUGCUGUCGCAUGCCUCAUGACCUCUGACCUCCUCUCUCUGGAACAAAUGUUUGGAGCUACACAAAGAAGGCUUCACCAGCUGAGUGAGGGCCCCCCAGGACCUGUGGCCAACAAAGCCACCAAGAUCUUGCGACAGUUUGAGGCUCUGAUGGGUGGACCUUUGAACUUUCUCAGGCAGGAUACAGCGAACAGUAGCCACCAGGCAACAAUGACUCAGCCUCCUUCAUCUACAUACUCAGACCCUUUACAACCAAGCCACCCUGCUGACAACAAAAACCUCAACCAUAAUCAGCCUGACAGCUCGCCCAUAGGUGUAAUCCACCUGCCAGAUCACCCACCUUCCCCUUCGAGUACGGCCUUGGCCCAGAAGGACUCUUCAGGUGAGCCUAUGAAUGAUGGCGAUGAGGUGAAACUUUCUCCCGUUCAGCCAGAGCCAGUCAGGACUGCUGAGGCUACACUGGCUGUUGAAGACCCAGAGCUUAUCAGGAGCAGAAGUUCCCCUCCACCCUCAGAGCCCCAGAGUGAGCUGCCCUGUCUGAGCAGACUGUCUCUGUUCAGUGGGAUGGAGCUGGUGAUCAAGGGGAGUUCGUUGUGUGAAACAUCCCAGUCAAAGACAGACUCGAUGGACAAUGGCUCAAAGGAGAAUGCGGCUGUGCAGAACUCUGACAAUCCAGUGCAUUUGUCGACUCCCCCCGGCACCAGUAAAACCAGUGAGAACGCUCCUUCAGUUUGCAAUUCAGUUGCGUCCGACAGCAGCCAACCAGUAUCGGCCUUCUCGUUUCUCAAAUUUUGACCAACUUCUUACAGCUGGAACUGUUCCACUUAAACCAAUGAUGUCAUCAUAUAGGUCCUUUUAGAAAGUAUAUUUACUUUUAUAAACAAAGAUCAGACCUGUAAGGUUAUAUUGUACAGAUGGCAGAUUCACAUUACAUUUGGGUUGUCAGUUCGUAUCUGUGUGGUGCCUCAGAGGAAGCUGUCUCUUGGGUCAAGAGUCCUAGAGGCUGAGGUUGAAUUUCUCAAAAGUAUUUCUCAAGCAUUGUGGUGUCUUGAAUUACAGGUUAUAACUGAUGGUUGUUUUAUCUCAGGAUUUCCUUUAGGUAACAACUCUUAUGCCUCUGCAGCACGCCCUGAACCUCUGAGGGAGAAUCCCUUGAUUUGUAAUUUGCACUACAGUUGCUUUUCUUAUGAACUCAUAAAACUACAAAGAAGAGUCGUCUUCCAUAUUUUUUGGUACUAAGCUAUAAUGUCAAUGUACAUGUUAUGAGUGUUAGUUUACAAAUUAUUUAUUCUGUCUAGCCUGUAUUGAAACAAACAUACCCAUGAGAAUGGUUGUAGAAUGCAUGUCUAUGAGUAAAAGAACUAAUGUGGGGAAUUAAUUACUGAGAUAGUCUGUGUCUUUAACCUGUGUGAUGAAACAUCUACAAUCAGCAUAAAGCAAAAUAUCUGCAACUUCAUGAACACCAAAUAAAAAGCAGACUACCUUCACUAUCUCACCUUUGUUAUUUCAGUUACAUCCUGUACUGUAGUGUUGACUUACAGUGGAAUGUUGUAUAAACUACAUGCCCAGAUGGUAAUCCAACCUACUGGCACAUACAAUAGAUGCUUCAGUGUUUCGUUUCAGUGAUUGCAAGCCACGUUGUUUCACAUGCUGAAGAAUAAAACAUGCUGUAUUUUUGUUACAGUGCUAACA